UUUCAUGUGUUGUGUUGUCAGAAGUUGAACAUCUUUGAUUUCUUCUGGACCGUUGUUGACACACCUGUCCACUUGACGGGACAAUAACUUCCUCUCCAACAUGUCCGGGGACACCAGCCCGUCCUCGGCGGAGGUAGUUCUGGGUUUCCUGGAGGAGGCGGAGCCGUGGCGGCUGCUGUCCCCGCAGUUCCCAGUAAAGUCGGGGGGAAAACCGGCGUGGCUCAGCCAGAGAGGCCUGCCCUCACUGCCCGGACUGGAGUGUGACAUCUGCCGCCUGCCUCUGGUCUUCCUGAUGCAGGUGUAUGCACCCAUCUCUGGUCAGGACAGGAGUUUCCACAGAGCGCUCUUACUUUUCUGCUGCAAAAAUCAUGAGUGUUACAAACCCAAUGACAGUCGCUGUAUGAAAGUUUUCAGAAGCCAGCUACCGAGGAGGAAUGAGUUUUAUCCCUACGACCCUCCGCCAGAGGAUGAACCCCCCAGUGGUCCUGAACCGGACCAAUGUUUGUUGUCCGUCUCUGGACUUAAACUAUGCUGGGUGUGCGGUUGCCUUGGCAGCAAAGCCUGCUCCCGCUGUAAGACUGUGACCUACUGUGGAAAACACCACCAGACCCUCCACUGGAAACACUCACACAAGAGGGAGUGUUGCAGCCAAGAAGCAUCCAUUGUCACAACCUCUUCCUUCCUCUUCCCUGAGUCUGAGCUGGUCACUGAACCCGAGGAGGAGGAAGACAAGAAGGAGGACGACACAAAGGAGGCCGAAGAAGAAGAGGACAGGAGUGUAGAUUGUCCCUCCUUAGCGGACGCCCUGGCAGAAACAGACCUGGAGGAGAUGGCCAUGCACGAGACUGAAGACAACAAAGUGUUCCAGCGCUUCAAAAAGAGGAUCGCACCAGAACCGCACCAGGUGGUACGUUACAGUCGAGGCGGUUCCCCCUUGUGGGUCUCUUCUCAGCACAUCCCUUCAGAUCAGGAUAUCCCACCAUGCACCUGUGGCACCAAGAGGAUGUUUGAGUUUCAGGUGAUGCCACAGCUGUUAAACAGUCUGUGUGUGGACUCAACAGGAGCCAGUAUCGACUGGGGGACACUGGCGAUCUACACGUGCUCUGCCAGCUGUAACCAUGACGACCAGUACUGCCCCGAGUUCAUCUGGAAACAGGACUUCAGUUCAGACCAACACACGCGGAUGAAACCUACAUAAUAUCUCUAACACUGACACACAGCUUCCUCCAAGACUAUCAAGGACAAUGAAGGUGUUUUUGGGCAGAUAUUCAGUUAAUUGUUUUAUUAAAAGUUCAUAUUUUCAAACAGGAAUUCUGGUUUCUUGACCCCACCAAAACUUUUCUAUUAUACUGUUAAAUUCUGGCUCUUUAAAACAAUGCAUCAGAGGUAUUUCUGACUGAGAGAGGGGUGACAAACUGAAGGAAAAACCAACAUUAAGUGUGUUAUUGUGGAGUAGAGCCUCCAGAGCAGCCUGAGGUUCCUUGUCACGUUGGGGGGAUAAACACCGUUCCUCCACAACACAUUCCCUCAUUUAUAUGUACAACUUUUACUCAAGUAUAGUUUUUUUGUAAGAGAGACCUGGGCAGUAAACCUGAGUGAACAGUCAGCAAAUCAAAUAUAACAUGACUUUGUGCUUUCUCCUCACAGAAUAAAGUUUUUAAACUAAUA